AUGUUUUCUUUUUGUUCUUUAAUUUACAUUCUCUCCCAAUUAUGCGUAUCAUGUUCUGCAUAUGUCGAUGUUACUAGUGGUUAUCAGGUAUUCUGGGGUCUUCCAAACAAUAUGACAAACAAUCAAAUAUGCUGGUUAGUUCAGGCGUCAUAUUUUGACAUAGCUUCUAACAAUACUGGUAAGAUACUGAGAUCCGGAAGAUUUGAACCUAGUGAUGAAAUUUCUAUGAUUUUCAGAGACAUCCUGGUCGAAUUACCAAAUAUUGCGGAUUCUUAUGAAUACAGUGACUUGGAUCUAUCAACUUACAGCGGACCUGAGCCCUAUGAUCCAGAGUCUGAUUACUGUACAGAUAUCAUGGAUUUGAUGAUGGGCGUAUAUGAUGAAGAAGGAAAUUAUGUUAAGCCAAGAUCUGAAGUUGAUUCUGCUGCUACAAACUCAACAGUUCAACGUAGAUCUUCCGAUUCUGACAUUGACGAAUGCGUUGACGAGCCAAUGACGUCAAAGCAUGCCGGUAUAACAAAAAUCAGGGAACUUUUUUAA